AUGCCGCUUGCUGGUGAUGUCUUGCGGCCGCCUGGCGAUGGCAUGACGCCAGAUCUACAUCCUGGUGCCCUUGGAGGUGAACUUCCUGGCACCGGAGCCCCACAAGAAGAGGACGAUGAUGUCCUAGUUGAAGCGCUGGACCAUGACCCCUUCGAGGAUACCUACCAGGACGAUGGCGAGAUGGACGAGCUCUAUGGCAGAGCCCCUCUACAACGUCGACGCCUUGGACGCAACGGACCUCGCUCAGAUGAUCACGGUCCCGCUGACGGAGAGCCUGGUGAGAAGACCCCUUCUCAAUCCGGCUCGCAGCAUGCUGGCUCGGGGAGAGAGCCUCCACCGGCGUUUUCCGGUGAAGUGAAGAAGAACCCCAAAGCCUUUCGUCAUUGGCUUCAGAAGGUGGACAGCUUUGUGGAGAUCGCCAAGCACAUCAUUGGCGACGAGGAGAUCGGCCUUCGCUUGCACUCGGCCCUUGAGGCGGACGCGGCCGAGUACUUGGAGGACAUCCCGGCCAAGACCUUCGGCGUCCCCGGCGGAUGGAGAGUGCUCAUCCAGGUGCUUCGCGAGAAGUUUGAUGAGCGCCGGAUGCACAAGGUCGGAUCGGCCAUGAAGUCGUUCUUCAAGCUGCAGGUCGACAGAAGCUGGACCCUCACCGAGCUCGUCGACCACAUGGACAAGUCGGCACGCCUUUGCCGAGAAGCAGGCCUCGCGAUCCCCGAUGAGAUCCUCGUCUACCAGUUCUUCGAGCACAGUGGAAGCUCCAUGGAACGUCAGGCGAACUUGCUCUUGAGGACCUCUGGAGACUACGACUGGAAGAAGAUGAAGACCGCGAUCGAGCUCCUCUACCCCACGAGGCUGGUCUCUCAACGUCGUGAUGGUGGUGGCUUCAAGGGCUAUGGUGGCGGAAAGGGUAGGUCAGCACACGAGGCACAGGGCGUUUGGGAAGAGUCCAACACUUCAAAUGACUACAUCCAGCCCGACAUGGACAUCGAGGACUGGCUCUUCUACGAGGACCCCGUCGAGAAGCUUGCCGAUGAGGUCCCCGACUACCUGCCUGAGAACCUGGCCAGAGAGCUUCAUGAAGUCUACGCCACCCAUCGAGAGAAUCGAGCACGCCUUGCAAAAGCAGUCAAAGCCCGCGGCUUCUACGUGAACAAGUCCAAGGGCGGCAAGAAGGGCUCGAAAGGUGGUGGCACGUCGAAAGACAGUGGCAAGGCUGGGAAAGGCUCAGGAGGCAAGUCGAAAGGCAAAGGGUCUGGAAAGGCCCGUGGUAUGUCUCUGGAGCAGCUGAAGCAGGUCACCUCUUGCGCCGACUGUGGCGAGAUGGGCCACUGGCGAGGUGACACGCAGUGCAAGAAUCCUGCCAAGAAGGCCCACGAGACUGUGAACGUGGACUUUGAGGACACCGAGCAGUUCGAGGCCUACUUCCAGGACUACCCGUACGACGAUUGGCACGAAUGGGAGCCGGACACCAAUGAGGCCUGGGUCACCAACAAGUAUCAGACCUGGGACGACGAGAAGGCUUCCGUCUCCAAGAAGCAGGCCGCGGCUGAGGCCUUCCCCAAGUUGGACUAUGAGGAGGCCAAGCACGUGGUCAAGACGGUGAACGCCGUCAAGCGCAAGGCAUCCGAGCACGCCGGAUCCUCAGGCGAUGUUCCCCCUGAGCAGGCAGGACUGACGCCUGCGACACGCCCUCUGGAUGUGUUCACGGCCACUGCACAGGUCAAGGAGCAGAUCGAGUCCCGCAAGUUGAAGCCCGUGGCACACACUGCGACGGCGCCUGAGGCCGUCCGUGAAGCCUUUGAGAUACUCGGAGUCACUCCCCCUCCGAGGAGUGGUUCAGUUUGGGACUGUCUUACGGCCACGGAGGAUGAGAAGACCUUCGACCUGGACUCGAUGCGCAUCUCCUACAUGGUAAACAAGCUGGACCCGCGUUCAGUGCUUGGUGUCGGUCGCCCUCCGGCUACCGUGACACCUGGCCGUGCAUACCUCACCAUUGACACGGCCUGCGAGAACACAGUUGGCGGGCUCACCGCAUUGCACUUGGUGGCCAAGGUCUUGGAGGAGAAGUUCACCGUGCACCCGGAGGAAGAGUCCUACCGGUUUGGACCUGGCGAGCCCCGGAUCUCGCAUGAGCGCUGGCAUGUGCCGAUUGGCAUCGGCAAGAAGAACAUGAUCAUCAAGACCUCCACGCUUGAUGACAGACCCCCGGGACAGAACAAGAUCCCAUGGCUCGCAGAUUGGCUGCGCUUCAUGGCAGCAGUCGUGGACAUCGCCGAGCAGAAGAUCAUCCUGAAGAGCAUCGACGCUCAAGCCCCUUUGUUUACUGACCACACCGGACAUUUGGUCGUGGCAGUUGAUGAUUUUCCAAGUUUGGGCUGGCCCGAAGGAAAGGUCGCUUCGAAAGAUGAUUACGCUGGACUCCUCUGGCUCACAGGAAAAGCGUCUAUGGAGUCUGCUGCGCCAAAAACCACUCACAUCUACAACCCCGAGGAUGACCCUUUGGCAACUGGUGAUAUCUAUGGUCUACAUCCCUGUACGGUACAUGGAGAUGUUUGGGAGUACAACAUGGACAACCCCCUGGUCUACAUUCGGAGGCACCGUCGACCAAGAACCACCAGGUUUCAUCCUCAAGAUGUAGUAGAUGGGCCCGAACCACGAGAACUGCAGAUGGUAAGGGUCACUUACAAAGAUGGAGCCCCUGAACCGAUCGUGGACACCUGGGAUCAGAAGGUUGAAGAAGAGCCCUGGACAGGCUACACGGUUUUGGUUGGUUUGGACUGUGAACCUCCUGUCCAGAUGGUGGCAUCCACACCUGCACAUCACCAAGUCGGGGUCAGCAUCGAGAUCGCCGGCAAGUCGAGAACUGUGCACCCGAAGUCUUUGAAGGAAACUGUCACCAAGAGACUUCAAAGGUCCUUUGCACCCCACAUCAAACCUCCGGAUCUGCCGCUGAGUCGUCAUGAUCAACGGUUCACCUCGUCGCAGAAGGAAUUUCCGAAUCUAUGGCGGCUGCUGGUGGAGCGGCUCAUGAAGCUCUACGCGGCGCUGCAGCGAUGGGUGAAUGCGAACAAGGUGGUGCGAGAGUGCAAGUUCCGUGCGCCAGCUCUCAUGGGCUACAUGGAGGCGAUCCUCGACGAGGAGACCACCUUGGCGAUGGAUCUACCUCCUGCUCUACCUCCUGCUUCUACGAAGGCGAAGGGACAGACGGCCUAUGCCCUGAACCUGAAGUACCAGGAGGAGCCACACAACUGCCCACAUCUAGUGGAACAUGGUCGGCGCUAUGGAAACGCCCAUGGCAAGUUCUUGGAGUGCAUCAACUGUGGGAGCGUGUGGCGGGGCAUCGACUACACGGUGCCGAUCAGCCAGGAGAUGGUGACCACGUACAAGAUCUACGUGGGCAUUCGGGACAAGCCAGGAGGCAAGGUCAUGAAGGGCGCCACAACCCGCAGAGCUUCUUCUUCAAAAUCCUCUGUCUACUCAUCUUCCUCACCUCCAACAUCUAUGGAGGCAGCCUAUGGGAUCACCUACCAACCUCCGAGACGGGCAACUACGAAGGCAGCGCCCUCGAAGCCCGAGCGUCAGAUCAAGCCCAAGGCGGAGAAGGUCAAUCCACAGGUCUACAACCUGGAGGAGUGGGACGACGCGGAGAUGGUGGACGUGACAAGCGAGGAGGACGUUCAGGAGGUGAAGACGGCAAGAGCUUCAGGUCCGAGGACGCAAGGCAGGAUGACUCAUCGCAACAAGGAGGACUCCCACACGGACGAGUUCGACGGCUGA